AUGUUAACGAUAAAAAUAAAUUUCCUCUUGCUCCUUUUUCUUAGUCCAUCUCUUAUCUGCUAUGUCACUGGUGCAAGACCGAGAAUAGUUGAAGGUGAAUUAGCCGGGUUUGGCGAAUUUCCCUAUAUCGUUACACUCCAGCGUCUUACGGAAGGUUGCACUUACCAUAUUUGCGGUGGCAGUAUACUCGACGAGUAUCAUAUCAUCACAGCUGCCCAUUGUGUGACUAAUAAUGUUACUAAUAAAUUAAAAAACGAACAAAUUACGUUAGGAGCAGGUAUAACGGAUUUGACAGAUAAAAAAGUUGGUGUUUAUCGCGACGUCGAGGAAGUAUUCAUACCACUUUCGUAUACAAGCAAUAAAAAAAGUCAUGAUGAUAUAGCAAUUUUGAGGUUGAGACAUCCACUACCUCUUGCUGAUUAUGAAACCUUGGGUUUGGUUCAAUUACCCAAAGCUGAUGAGUAUCUUCCACCUGAUACAUUCAACGCCACAACUGCAGGUUUCGGUGAUAAUUCACAAUUUUUACAGUUGAAUACUGGCAAAGUAUAUGGCUUAUCAGAUCCGUAUCUGAAAUACGCUAGCGGUUUCGUAAACAUUAUUGAUGUUUUUCACGGAUGUAAACCUACAGAGGUGUGCUUCAAGAGUUUUGGAUUUUUAAGUGGACAAUUGAAAGGAGCCUGUAAUGGCGACAGUGGCGGUCCUCUUGUAAUCGAGAAUACCAAUAUUCUCAUUGGAAUCACUAGCUAUUCUAACGACAAAUAUUGUGGGCAAUAUACAAAAUUUACAAGGGUAAGUUCGUACUUGGAUUUCAUUAAGAAGGUACGCGAUAAUGAGAUCGAUGAAACGAUUUCAUCUGUAAAACUAACUUUAGAAUUUGAAGAUGCUUAUCCAUACAUUCCUUUAUGCGGACACGAUACAUGACAUCGUAAUUCCAAUUUUUCAAUGCAAAAAUGGCUAUAAAGCCCUAUUCAUUAUUUAAAGUCAAUAAAUAUUAUAAAUAU